CGGCCCGCUAGACUCCAAUUGGACCCCGAAUCCGUCACUGCAGACACCAAGCCGCCGCAGACGGGCCAGGUAUUUAACCUGUGGUACAGCAGAUGGACUGGCGGCGAGUAUAACGGCAGAACCGUCGCGCACGCUCGACAUAGAUGUCAUCCGGCCAAAGAUUCAGGCUAUACAAAGGCAGAUAAACACGUGGAGCCGGGAUCAGUGAACCGCAACAAGUUUAUCUGUCUGUAUUUUGCCCGCGGAUACUGCACGAAUGGAAAAAACUGCGACUAUCUACACCGUCUGCCCACAGACAUGGACUUUUUCCCUCAUACGGUAGACUGUUUUGGGCGAGAGCGAUUUGCUGACUACCGAGACGAUAUGACCGGAGUGGGGUCUUUCAACAAGGUCAACAAAACGCUGUUUGUGGAGAAGUUCAGAUCGAUGGAAGGAAACGUGGAGAUGCUUGUAAAUAAGAAUUUUGGAGAGUAUGGAGAAAUUGAGCGCACAAGGGUGGUGAGAAGCAAAGGCAUAGCGUUUGUCACUUAUAGACUGGAAAGCCAGGCUCAGUUUGCCAAGGAGGCAAUGUAUGGACAGUCUCUUCGGGAAGACGAUGACGAGGAGGCGCUCAAUGUUAAGUGGGCCAACGAGGACCCUGACCCGGUGGCCAGGAAAAGAAACCGCGAGGAGGAAGAGCAGACUGCGUUG